AUGUCUACCAAGCUCGCCGAUGGUGAUCUCCGACCACUGGUCCCAUCACUCUCGCUGCGCGGCAAGAACUUCGUCGUGACGGGAGGUGGGCGAGGAAUCGGCUAUGCCGCUACUCGAGCGAUUGCUGAAAUGGGUGGAAAUGUGUCCGUUCUCGACGUGCUUGCCGAGCCCGUUGGAGACUUUGAGCAGCUCUCGAGCGAAUUCGGCGUCAAGAGCCUGUACAUCAAUACAGACGUGACUAAGCAGGAGAGCUUGGCUAGUGCAUUCGAGCAGACUGCGAAAGAGUUUGGCGGGAUUGAUGGAUGCAUUACAGCAGCUGGCAUCUCCCUGGACAAGCCAUUCCUAGAUCAAACCCCAGAAGACAUACGACGUCUGAACCAGAUCAACGUUGAGGGGACGUUCAUGGCAGCGCAAUGUGCCACACGACACAUGAUCCAGCAAGGCAAAGGUGGUAGCAUCGUAAUGGUCGGUUCGGUCUGUGCAACGGUGCCCACUCCAGGUCAUCGACUGAGCUUCUACUGCGGCACGAAGGGCGCAGUCAACAUGAUGAGCAAGGCAUUGAGUGUCGAGCUGGCGCCGCAUGGCAUUCGAUGCAACACCGUCUCCCCUGGGUGA